CACCAGCAUAUCCAUCAAACAGUGCCGUUCAUUUACCUACUGGAAACCAACGCACACUUUGCAGGUCAUGUUUUAGCGGAUUUCAGAAACUCGUUUUCCGUAAAGUUUCGAAAGAUCUCAGUAAUGGAAGAGGAGGAUGAAUGUCCAGAGUUAGUUCCCAUCAAAGAGAAUCCCACUGGACCCACAGCUCAGAUUCCUGUUACUAUCAUCACUGGAUACUUGGGUGCAGGGAAGACAACACUAUUGAACUACAUAUUAACAGAGCAGCAUAAUAAACGAAUAGCUGUCAUACUUAAUGAAUUUGGAGAAGGCAGUGCUUUAGAGAAGUCUCUAGCAGUGAGUCAAGCAGGAGAGCUUUAUGAGGAGUGGCUGGAGUUGAGGAACGGCUGCCUGUGCUGCUCUGUAAAAGACAAUGGGUUAAAAGCAAUUGAAAAUCUAAUGGAGAAGAAGGGAAAGUUUGACUACAUUCUUUUAGAGACAACAGGAUUAGCAGAUCCAGGAGCUGUGGCCUCCAUGUUCUGGGUUGAUGCAGAAUUAGGAAGUGAUGUCUACCUAGAUGGUAUUGUUACUGUCAUCGAUGCUAAAUAUGGAAUGCAGCAUCUAACAGAGGAGAAGCCAGAGGGUCUUAUCAAUGAGGCUGCAAGACAGAUAGCUCUUGCUGAUCUGACCAUCAUCAAUAAGACUGAUCUGGUGAAUGAGACUGAACUAGGGAAGCUCAGAGAUGUAGUGAGGUCAAUAAAUGGGCUCGUAAAAAUUUUGGAGACGCAAAAAUCCAGGGUUGAUCUGUCUGGAGUAUUAGAUUUGCAUUCUUUUGACAUUAAAGACGGUAUACGGUUAGCUGAAAAGCUGCAGCUUGUGAGAACAAGCCAGCCACAUCUAGACAAGAGUAUGCUGACUAUAACAUUUGAAGUACCUGGCAGUGUUUCUGAAGAGCAAUUAAAUAUAUUCAUUCAGAACCUUCUAUGGGAGAAAACAUUGAAGAACAAAGCAGGAUUGCCAAUGACAGUUAUUCGGUUAAAGGGCAUCCUCUCUGUCCAACAGAAACAGAAGAAGGUGAUGUUGCAGGGAGUCCAUGAGCUUUAUGAGCUGGAUGAGACCCCAGAGUUUUGGGCAGAUCACGAGCCAAGACUCAAUCGACUUGUCUUCAUAGGUCGAAACCUUGAUGGCGAGAUUCUGAAGAAUGAGUUCAUUUCUACCUUGUCAAAUUAAGGCAAUAUAGACUAGAUGAGACCCAAAUGAAAUUUUGAUACAGGCUACUAAGCAAAGUAUAAAAAUCAUACAACAGCCUGUAACCUCUCAUAAUAUUUGAUGUUUAAUGUUUGAUUGAAAUCUAAAAUUAUUUCUGUUUUCAGCUUACAGAGAUAAGAGAUUGAUAUGAGUUUGGUGCUUUUGAUAAAGACGUCUGGGUUGCAAAUCCUGCCACUGCUAAAGUUAUAUCAUGCUGCAGGAUUGUGAAUGUAAUGGUGUUAAAAAACGGGCAUCUUUUAAACAUGAAGAACAUGUACCUGAAAUCUUUAAAGCAUGUUUUUUGUCUCUGUUUCAAUCAGUACAUGUCUUAAGCACAAGUUGUCUUUUUUGAACAUUUGUUUUUCGGUUAUUUGUCUCCAAAUACAUUUCUGGAAAUGUGUAUCUUAUUUUAAGAUUAUUUAAUUAUUUAAAGAAUUUGUUUGGGCAGGGGGCCUGGGUAUCUCAGUAAGUAUUGACACUGACUACCACCCAUGGAGUCAUGAGUUCAAAUCGAAACAGACUGCAACCAGUCUGUUAACAGACCAGUUCUCCUAAGCAACCAAAUUGGCCUGGUUGCUAGGGAGGUAGAGUCACAUGGGGUAACCUCCUCGUGGUCACAAUUAGUGGUUCUUGCUCACAAUGGGGUGCGUGGUAAGUUGUGUGUGGCUCGUGGAGAGUAGCAUGAGCCUCCACAUGCUAGAAGUCUCCACGGUGUCAUGCACAGCGAGCCACGUAAUAAAAUACACGGAUUGACGUCUCAGAAGCGGAAGCAACUGAGACUUGUCCUCCACCAACCGGAUUGAGGCGAGUAGCCGUGCCACCACUAGGACCUACUAAGUAGUGGAAAUUGGGCAUUCUGUAUUUUGAGAAAAGCGGAUAAAAAAAAAGAAUGAAAAUAAUUUGUUUGGGCUAACAAUUAUCAAUCAUUUAUCUAAUCAGUUGGACUAAGCAUUAUUUCACACUGUAAAGUGUAAAUAACCAGUAAAAUAAAACA